UCUCAAGUUUUAAGUCCACGUUUAUCCCGUCCACCAGUAAAUAUUAGAAAAAAUUACAUUGGGAUCGUUUAGAAAACACUAUAACGUUGGCAGAACCAGUCAUAUGUUUGGUGGCCCAUUCAAAUAUUUUGGUCUCGAGUCCUUCUCAGCGAUGAUAAUCAGAUGCAUUUUAACGGCUUGCCUGCUGCUAGCCAGCCUAAUGACGUUUGCAACGGCCUUUGAAAAUGUAGCCGUGUCAACCUUGCAAAACAACAGAUGCCCUGGUAUUUACUGUGGCAGGCAGUUACUGUCAGACGGAAACUGGAGCCGAUGUGGGGCCUGUCCAAGAGGUUUCAGGGCCAACUCUUCCUCAGCCUGCAUGCCUUGCAAUAGCAGCCCAAUGUCUUACGAUUGGAUGUACCUGGGGUUCAUGGCUCUGCUGCCACUCACGUUGCACUGGUAUUACAUUGACUCGUAUUUGCAAUCAAGGCUGUUUUUCCACCAACAAAGUGAUGGCCCCAGUUUCACCAGGAUCUCGCUCUCAUUCCAUGCGUCGGCACUGGUAGAAGUUGUCCUGUCUGUCGUACUUACACUGCUGCUGAUGGAGCCAAAAGGGUCACUGACUGUCUACUCUUGCCCGUCUUUCAACCUGUCGGACUGGUACACGCUUCUGCACAACCCUAGUCCCGACUACAAAUACACCCUGCAUUGCACUCAAGAAGCCGCAUAUCCUUUGUAUUCCAUGGUCUUCGUUUUUUAUGCACUCUGCGUGAUUGUCAUGAUGACCAUCAGACCUUUCCUGAUUUGGCUUGUCAUCCCCUCUCCAAGCAAAAGGUCCAAGCCGACAAUUCCACUGCCUCUACCAAGCCACGGAAAAGCCACUGUUUACUCAGCACUCUACUUCUUGCCAAUAUUAGCUUUGCUGCACGCACUUUUAGCGGGACUAAUUUACUACUCCUUCCCUUAUGUCAUGAUUGUUGUUUCGCUCAUUUCAAGUGCUGUUCAUUUCGCUUGCAAAGAGGAUCAGUCCGCGCGGAAACUCUUCAAAUCUACUGUAUCAAACGUGCGCAAUGUUGUCAUCCUGCUCGGACACUGGCUGCUGCACGCUUACGGCAUCUCGUGCAUCAUCCCGUUGCAAGUUUCGACAAAUUGGUCAGUGUUCAUGCUUGUUCCGCUGCCUGCUCUGUUCUACAUCCUGACAGCCAAGUUCACGGACCCUAAAAAAGUUCACAGUGACUGAUCAAGGUGGGAGCCGGCAAGGUCUGUUUCCCUAAGACACAACGAGGCAUGCUGGUCUGGCGAGCCCCAGUUGGUGUCUGUGUCAGUGUUCUAACAAUGAGUAUGUCUCCUGUCUCGUCUGCGAUUGCUAACAAACUUUACGCAAACCACGAGCUAAAGAUUAGUACACCACGGAAACAGAGAGUGGCGGCGGUUGUUUUGACUGUGAUAUUGACUGAUAUAUAGAAAUGCAUUUAAAAAAUACUUGGCUGUUGUAUUGCUAAUAUAUUUU